AUUGUUUCCCAAAGGCAGUGGUUAGAUUGGUCCAACAUUUGAUGAUGCUGCCACCAUGCCCAACCCCUCUCAAGUGAUAGUGACUCCAAGCCAAUAAACACCUUGUCAGACCAAGCACACGAACCAGAGCAGCAGCCCAGCAAAAGCAGAGGAAGCGGACGACUCCGCGCUGUGGGUGGCAAUGGCUGCUGGCACCUGGGUAAAGCUGGAGCAGAAGGGGACCGGGCCAGGAGCAAGGAGCUCCCACGCCAUCACCCUCGUCGGCGACACGGCCUACGCGUUCGGCGGCGAGCUCACCCCGCGCGUGCCGGUGGACAACACCAUGUACGCCUUCGACCUCCAGACCCAGACCUGGUCGCCGGUCGCCGCCACGGGCGACGUGCCGCCGCCGCGCGUCGGCGUGACCAUGGCGGCCGUCGGCGGCACGGUGUACAUGUUCGGCGGGCGCGACCAGGAGCACAAGGAGCUCAACGAGCUCUACUCCUUCGACACGGCGGCGGGCGCGUGGGCCCUCCUCUCCUCCGGCGCCGACGGCCCGCCGCACCGGAGCUACCACUCCAUGGCGGCCGACGACGCCGCCGGCCGGGUGUACGUCUUCGGCGGGUGCGGCGCCGCCGGCCGCCUGAACGACCUGUGGGGGUACGACGUGGCCGCCGGGCGGUGGGAGCGGCUGCCGCCGCCGGGGGAGGCGGCGUGCCGCCCGCGCGGCGGGGCCGGGCUGGCCGUCUCCGGCGGGAAGCUGUGGGUGGUGUACGGCUUCGGCGGGGAGGAGCUCGACGACGUGCACUGCUACGACCCGGCGACCGGGCGGUGGUCGGCGGUGGAGACCGCCGGCGACAAGCCGAGCCCCCGCAGCGUGUUCUGCGCCGCCGGGAUCGGGGCGAGCGUCGUCGUGUUCGGCGGCGAGGUGGACCCCAGCGACCUGGGCCACCUCGGCGCCGGCAAGUUCUCGGCCGAGGCGUUCGCGCUGGACACGGGGACCGGCGCGUGGACGCGCCUGGACGACGGCGCCGCCGGGGCCGGGGCCGAGCACCACCCGGGGCCUCGCGGGUGGUGCGCGUUCGCGGCGGGGGAGAAGGACGGCCGGCGAGGGCUGCUGGUCUACGGCGGCAACUCGCCGACCAACGACCGGCUCGAUGACAUCUACUUCUUCGCGCCCGCUCUAGAGGCCGCGAGCUAGGCACUGGCAUGUAUGUGUUCAUGCAGUGGCCGGCGGCGAGCUCUCUUCUUCUCUCCGUGUGUGCAUCUGCAAUAAUGUAGAGCAGGGCAAUCUGCACGCUUGUUGUGAUGGCGGCUGUGUUGUGUUGUUGUAAAUCUUGCUUCCUUCGCUUCUGUCUGUGCUAAUACUCCCUUAGUAUGCUGUGUGAUGCUCUGAUUAUAUUGUAGAACAAUGACGCUGGCUUUGCAUUUGCAUUGCAGCUGUAGUAGUGGUUCAGACACCGCCGCCCGGCAUGAUCCUGUUCUUCAUGCCCGGGCUGCUCCUCCUCUUGUGGUUGAGAGUGUGAGUCCUUGGCUUGAUGCUUUGCUCGGCCUCCCGGCGCCACGUCGUGAGCGCUCGGUGAUUCGUUCUGUGUGGUUGGGGUCUCGGCUUGAUGGCGGCCGAUGUAACUUGUUUGCCUCAUGUUUGUGCUGUGAACCCUGUCCUGUUUCGUGCUU